CUCCGUUGAACGUCGCCGUAGCCCUCAUGGGGCAGGAGAUAUCGAUGUCGCGCAAAAACCGCGCUCGCCUGGUAAAAAAGGGGCUCAUCGGCGACGGGCAGGCGGCAGCCCCGAGGAUGGAGGUGGAUGGCGGCGGCCCGAAGGGCGAAGGCUUCCGCUCCUACUACAUCACGAAGAUCGAGGAGCUGCAGCUGAUCGUGGCCGAAAAGGGGCAGAAUCUGCGGCGRCUGCAGGCGCAGCGCAACGAGCUGAACGCCAAAGUGCGGAUGCUGCGCGAGGAGCUGAUGCUGCUGCAGGAGCAGGGCAGCUAUGUGGGCGAGGUGGUCAAGCCGAUGGACAAGAAGAAGGUGCUGGUCAAGGUGCAUCCGGAGGGCAAAUUCGUCGUCGACAUCGACAAGAACAUCGACAUCAACGAUGUGACCCCCAAUUGUCGGGUGGCCUUGCGGAACGAGAGCUACACGCUGCACAAGAUCCUCCCCAACAAGGUGGACCCCCUGGUGUCGCUGAUGAUGGUGGAGAAGGUGCCCGACUCCACCUACGAAAUGGUGGGCGGGCUCGACAAGCAAAUCAAGGAAAUCAAGGAGGUGAUCGAGCUGCCGGUGAAACACCCGGAACUGUUCGACGCGUUGGGAAUCGCACAGCCCAAGGGGGUGCUCCUGUACGGGCCCCCCGGCACUGGCAAGACCCUGUUGGCGCGCGCCGUCGCCCACCACACCGAAUGCACGUUCAUUCGCGUCUCCGGCUCCGAAUUGGUGCAGAAAUUCAUCGGCGAAGGCUCGCGAAUGGUGCGCGAACUGUUCGUGAUGGCGCGCGAACACGCGCCCUCCAUCAUUUUCAUGGACGAGAUCGACUCGAUUGGCUCGUCCCGGAUCGAAUCGGGAUCGGGCGGCGACUCAGAGGUGCAGCGCACCAUGCUGGAGCUGCUCAACCAGCUGGACGGGUUCGAGGCGACGAAAAACAUCAAGGUGAUAAUGGCGACCAAUCGGAUCGACAUCCUGGACCCGGCGCUGCUGCGCCCCGGGCGCAUCGACCGCAAGAUCGAGUUCCCGCCGCCGAACGAGGAGGCGCGCCUGGACAUUCUGAAGAUCCAUUCGCGCAAAAUGAACCUGACCAGGGGCAUAAAUCUGCGGAAAAUCGCCGAACUGAUGCCGGGCGCCAGCGGCGCCGAAGUGAAGGGCGUCUGCACAGAGGCGGGCAUGUACGCCCUGAGGGAGCGGCGCGUCCACGUCACGCAAGAGGACUUCGAGAUGGCGGUGGCCAAGGUGAUGCAGAAGGACAGUGAAAAGAACAUGUCGAUUAAGAAACUGUGGAAGUGAGCGCUUCAUUUGUAUACCUACUAUUAAUUUUAUUAAAACCUACAUUAGAUUUGCCA